UAUUACGAAAUGCGCCGCCACGCAGUGUCACACAAAAGCAAACUCUUUUCGUUGAAAGAAUGGUUGAAAGUGAUUUUGUGUUUGGUCGUUUUGGGGUUGGUCUGCGCAGGUCUGUCUCGUUCGUUUAAGUCGUACUCAUCAACUGAUUACACGAACUCUGCUAUUUUAAAAACGAUUGAUACUAGUGUCAAUCCCUGCGACGACUUCUACAAAUUCGUUUGUGGAAAUUACGCCAAAAACAAUAAUCAACCAGUGGCCAAACGAUUUUCCAAAAUCCAUGAAAAAGCUCGACUCCAGUUGAAAAAUCUAGUCAAGGAACCUCCUCAUCUAGACGAUGGAAAACCGUUCAAACUUCUCAAAAUCGUGUACCAGUCUUGUAUGAAUCCCGACGUAGAGGAAACAAGUUUGCUUUUUAUUAAGCGACUUUUUGCAAAAUUGGGGGGUUGGCCACUGAUUGAACCAACUUGGAGUGAAGAAAAAUUCGACUGGGUACAACUCUGGCAAAAUUUUAGAACGAUAGGGUGGACUUUUGAUAUUUUCUUUUCGAUGCAAGUUUACUCAGAUAGAAGUAAUCAUUCCGAGCGGAUGCUCACGAUCACUCAACCGGAUUUGAUCAAUUAUGAGAUUUUAGCGAAGGGUGUGGAUCAUUCUCACAGUCAAGCUUACCUGGACUAUAUAGUGAAAAUAGUGUCACUUUUCGGUACCCCUACAACAUCCACAAACCCCGAAAUUAGCGAAAUCCUCGAUUUUGAAAGAAAUUUAAGCAAUAUUCUCCUUCCUUUUGAACUAACUCUGAGUCCUAAUUAUAACCCAAUGACGAUUCAAGAGUUGGGGGUUACCAUCAGAACUAUUCCUUGGUUAGAACUUAUACAGAACUUUGUUGAUCCAGUAGUCAUGUCAAACUCGACCGUUAUAAAUGUACCUUGGUUGAAAUUUUUGAAAAAUGUAGCGCUUUUGCUACGAAGUACCAAAAAGAGGACUUUGGCUAACUACAUGUUUUGGUGCGCUGUGCAAAAAUCUAUCCUUCAGUUGCCUAAAGAGUUUAGAGAACAAACUCUAGAGUUUCAUAGGGUUAGUAAGAACAAAACAAGCGUGGAAGUGAGGUGGAGGCACUGUAUAGAGGUUCUGGAUAAACUACAUGUAGCUGCUUCCACAGUUUACGUAAGAAACAUUUUUUCUUUAAAAGAUAAAGAAACUGUGACCACAAUAGCAUUAGAUAUUAAGAAAACUUUCUACAGCGUGGUGCAAAAUAGCAACUGGAUGGAUCCAGAAACCAAAGCCUACGCGCUUUUAAAAAUUGAAAAAAUGGGUUUCGUUAUAGGUUUUCCAGAUGAGAUUCUAGAUGAAGAAACCAUAGAGACUUAUUUUCGUGGUCUAGAACUUGAUUCUCAAACUAAUUACUUAGAAGUGUACUUAACUCUGACGCUGUUUGAACAUCACAAAUAUGUUGAAAAUUUGAAACAGGAAAACAAGAAAUCGUUGAGAGAAAAUUGGGUUCUUCGGGCCAAUAGUUACAAACCUAAGGGUUUGUACGACCAAUCCACUAACAUUGUAGAAAUAACGGCGGCUUUAAUGCAAGAACACUACUUUGAUGCAUCUAGACCUGAAUUUGUGAACUUCGUCACGCUUGGGGAAGUCAUAGGCCACGAAAUCACUCACUCCCUUGACAAGGAAAGCAGGAAAUAUGACGAAAAGGGACAUCUAAACAUGCGAUGGAAACCUCAGUCGUUACUACUUUUCAAAGAAAAAGCUGCCUGUCUUAUUAAAUUGUAUGAAAACAUGACUGUUCCAGAAGUCGGACUCAAAGUGAAUGGUACUAACACUUUGAAUGAAAAUAUCGCCGAUAACAGCGGCCUUAAAGUACUCUACGAGACUUACGUUAAAUGGCUCGAAGAAAACCGCUUUGAACCGGAAUUAUUGACGUUUCCGUAUACACCCAGACAGAUGUUCUGGAUUUUAGCAGCUUCCGAUGGGUGUGGUAAUAAUAAGAAAAAUCUGGAGGAGUAUGAGGAUUCGGCUGUUCAUGCCCCUGAAUAUUUUCGGGUGUUGGUGCCUUUAAUGAACUCGGAGGAUUUCGGGAGGGAUUUUAACUGUACAGUGGGGUCGUUUAUGAAUCCUGUAAACAAGUGUGAGAUUUGGUAGUUUUUGUAAAUUUGUGUAUUAGUAAAAAUUGUAACUGUUGUUUUGUAAA